UCUGGCAAUAAGAAAUAUCAAAACAUUUCGGAUUUCCGGAAGUGCAAUGUCCUCUUGUUUUCAAAAACUGAAGCUUGCUUUGGUUCAGCUUGCUGUGACCAAAAACAAGGAACUGAAUGUUGAAAGAGCAUGCAAGUUCAUUAAAGAAGCUGCACAAAAAGGAGCUAAUCUAGUUUGUUUACCAGAAUGCUUCAAUACUCCAUAUGGAAUCAGCUUUUUCAACCAAUAUUCAGAAUCAAUUCCAGGAUUCAGUAGUGACACUCUUUCAAACUGUGCAAAGGAAAAUAAUAUUUAUUUAGUUGGUGGCACAAUUCCUGAAAGUGAUGGAGGAAAAAUAUACAACACCUGCGUAGUAUAUGGACCUAAUGGGGAUCUUUUGGCGAAACAUCGUAAAGUACAUCUUUUUGAUAUUGACAUUCCCGGAAGUAUCACAUUUAAAGAAUCUACUGCAUUAUCUGCUGGUAAUACGUUAACAACGUUCUCAAUAGGUAACUGGAAAGUUGGUCUAGGAAUUUGUUAUGACAUCAGAUUUCCAUUGAUGGCUAAUAUAUAUACAGAAAAAGGAUGUCAAUUAUUAUUGUACCCUGGUGCAUUCAAUAUGACUACAGGACCUGCUCACUGGGAGCUUUUGCAAAGAGCCAGGGCUGUUGACAACCAGUUGUAUGUUGCUGGUAUUUCUCCAGCUAGAGAUGAAACUGCAUCUUAUGUUGCAUGGGGUCAUAGCUCUUUAGUCAAUCCUUGGGGCGAAGUUAUGUGCAAAGCUGAUGAAAAAGAAACAAUAUUGUAUAAAGAUAUAGAUCUGUCGCAUGUUGAUGAAGUUAGAUCACAAAUUCCGAUUCUAAAACAACAGAGGAAGGAUAUAUAUUCCAUUAACUAUCAUGCAUGAAAAAUGUGUUUUUUCCAAACCGUAAAAGCGGGUGACUAUGGUACAGUUUUAGUACAUUUCUGUUUGUAAUUACUCAACAUUCAUUCGGAAAAAUAAAGUUGCAUUAUCAUUAUAAUUUAGAACCUGGGCUUUUGAUUCUGACCCUGAACUAAUUUGGAACUUUACCCACAUCCCCUCCAGAGCAGUUUUUCUUUGUACUACUCUCAUCCUCUCAUUGCAGGUGAGAAUGGUACAGUACAUGUUUGAACAUUUUUGUAUAGGUUUUGGUGGUUUGUACCAUACUCUUUUUCUCUUUUAUUUUAAUAGGAGAGUUGUAGAUGUAAGUUAUGCUGAAAAUUGAACUUUGGAGAAUCAGGUACAUAAUAAAAUCAAGAUAAAACAAUGGCUUUAUUUUCUUCAUGAUUUUUGGAGAUGGAUACCAAAUACUAUCUUCUUUUUCUGACUACUCCCAAACCUUACCUCGCUUCAACAUUGUUGUAAUCAGGGCUGUGGAGUUGGAGUCGAGGUGUCAGAGUCAGGUUGAUUUUGUGGUGAAGUCUGAGUUGAAGUCGUUGAAAAACAUACCGACUCUCCAACUCCGGGUUUUUUUUAAUCUCUAAUUUUAACUUACCCUCCUUACAUUUUUUUAAAAAAUUUACUAUAAAUGGGUUUGAUUUAUGUAUAAAGAUUUACUAAUAAGACAAUAAUUGCAGUUGGGGCAACUAGCCGACUUCUUUAUUUAUUGAAAAUUCAUUUUCUGUAAUAGGUGGUUCCGUCGACCCGCUGGUUUGCUUGUUUUUUUUAAAACUUUCUUUAACUAAUAGCAGCUGUCAGCAAACGGUUUUGAUGUCUAACAUUUACUGUAAUCACUUUCAAAUAAAAAUAAUAUAUAUUUUACUUCAAUCUCGGUUAUAAAAUAGUAAAAGGAAUGUAUCCCUUGAGCAUGUUGGGACCCGCAGCUUGGUUGAAAACUUCUGAGGUGUUCAACAAAUUCAAAUAUGAUUUACGCAAAAGCAUGAAUUCAAAAGAUCCGAUAAAAUAUAAUCUAAUGUAUUUAAUGCUAAAGACUGUUUCUACAAUCUUGGUUCUCAAUAUGAUUUCUUGGUUACAACACUCAAUAAUUGCAGUCUUCAUACUAAGGUUAAUUCUAAAGCAACCAAUAAAAGUUAAAUCAAAAAUUGAGCAAAGAAGAAAUAUAGGUAAAACCUAUUCGGGUAAAAAGCUAUUCGUGAAAAAAGCUAUUCGCAUUUUAUUUAAAAUUUGCUUACGAUGUACAUGUACUGGGCUCUCUCGGCAAUAUAGCGCCCUAUUUACGAUUAAAUUUUAUAUAAUAAAUAUUUUUAAAGAUUUUUAGGGGAAAUUUUUUAGAGUUAAAGUAUUUAUAUAUUUUUUUAUGAACUCUGAAAUCAACUUGGGGCGUCACCCACCAGAUGGGUGUCACCCAGGGUGGAUCUCCCCUUCUCAAGAAAUACUUUUGACUUUGAAAAAAACUUUUUUUCUCUCAAGUUACAGCUUUUAAAAAUUAAAAGCACACAAAUUGAUAAGCAUCUAUUUGUUCAACAUUAAAGGGGAGCAAAUUAAUCCUUUUCAAUUUUUAAAAAAAUGAGAUUUUAAGUAAUCUCAUUUUAAAAUUGUAACUAUUGGAACAUUUGAUUUUUAAAUUGAAUUUCUAUCGCUAUAUGUGUCUUAGGUUUACAUAAAAUAUAAUGCGAAAAUUUCAUAAAGAGGAAUUAAUAUUUCAAUCUCUGUUUAGAGGUUUUCCCCCUUUCAAUGAAUGGGGGAAAUUGAAAAAACAAAAUUAAAAAAUAAAACAGUCGGGGUUAGAGUCGGACGUUUUAAAAUCCAGGAGUCGGAGAGUCGGGCAUAUUCCUCCCGACACCGCAGCCCUGGUUGUAACUUCAAACUCACUUGCUUCUACACUUGUGAUUUUUCCUGGAUACUUUUCCCCUCGAUAACCUAACUCACCCUCCAAAAUUUCGACUAAUUACUGUACCACACUCACCAUCCAAAUUGUAAACUUCACACAUUUGUAACUGUAGCAACACCAAAAUAUAUUUUUGAAUGAAAAUUGGAGGUUACUUUCUAUAUGUAAUAUGAAAGCUAAAGGUACUAACAAAAUCGUGAAUCCUUCUGCACGAAAAGUCCACCACCAUAAAUUUUCGAGCUACAUACAAAAAAGUAGCACCAGUUGCUCCCAACAAAUAAAUUCAAUCCCCAGGUUAUUCGUCUGGCGGGCCGUUUUGACUAUGAUAAUAACUCUCAUUACCAGAGAAGUUUGCACUAUUAAAACUGGGAUAUCCUAGAGUGCACUACGAAUGCUUAUUAGGUCAAAACUGGUGUUUGUAUCAUUUUCACCCUCCAAACCAUUUUUACCCGCUCUUACGGUACUACAUUUUAGAAAAAAGUGUAAAUUAUAUAUUGUAACAUGAAAAUAAGAGAGAGAGAAAAAUCAUGUAAAAGCUAAAAAUUGAAGUAUAUAUAUAUAUUUAC